AUUCAUUGCUAUAUGAAGGGCUUUGAAGGUUCUCUAUAAAGUCACUUUCUCCAUUAGUACUGUGUGGUAACGAGAAAAUGAAGUUUUGGGGCUGGAUUCAUCAUCAUAAGUUCCCGGAGAAUAGCAAAGAGCUAUUGAAAGAUGCUACAACGGGUAACAGCCGUUUCUCCCUUUCAUCUCAUCCAUCCCUUGAUAGCAACGAUGUUUACCCCGCAGCAUGUGCUGGCCCCAGAUACAGUACUGGAAUAACCAAGCAGCUUAAUCGGUUCCAGGAAAACUCCUUUGCAGGACCCAAGGAAACUACAGACAUCAAGGAUGAGAGAAACAGUGACUUUUUUGAUGGAUUUCUUGCCAUUGGAACCCUUGGUGGAGAAACAUAUCUGGAUGCACCAGCAACACCGACAUUUGGCAUGUCAUCUGGGGACCUGUCAACAGAUAACGCAGAAGUGACAGAGAAUGAUCUAAAGCGCAUUAGCCAUGAACUGGAGAAGUUCCUUGAGGCUGAAGCCAAAGAAGGAAAUAACCGACCAUCAGGAAGGAACAGCGACACUAACACUAUUGCAUCCACCAUUGAGGCUGCUGAGGGACCAGAUGCUGAAGAAGAUAAUCAGCCGAUGAAGUUCCCACUCCAAGAGUAUCUUUUUGGUUCUCUAAUCGAAUUAUCUGAAACCAAGAUUGCAGGGAAGAAGGAACGGGCAUCACUUGGAGAACUGUUCCAGGCAACAGAGAUGCAAGAUAAAUAUUCAGAAAACAAAUGUGUGGAGAAAAAGAAGCAAACCAGUUCAACCCACAAGUCUGCAAAACAUCUUGUGAAGAAGGUACUGAAAAAGUUACAUCCAUCCUCCAGGAUCCCUGACAGUGGUAAAACUGAAGUACCUUCCACAAAGAAGAAAUUCCAAAAGAUGGCACAAGUUUUUCAUAGGAAAGUAUAUCCAGAAGACUCCAUCAUGGAAAGCGAAAUACACAGCAGCAUGACAGAUCCAAAACACAGCCAAGCAAAUUGUACUGGAUUAAUGUCCGAGAAGGUGAACCCCUGUAACGAGGGAAGUAAACCAUGGAUCCAGUAUGAGCUAGGAAGUUCCGAUUCAGCUAAAAUCGGACACUGGAUCAAAACAGACGAAGACUACUUCGUGUUGGAGCUGUAGAAAGGGCAUCGGAACAAAAACGCAAAUCAAGAAGUGUGAGUGUACUAUGUCAUUUCAUACAUAUGUGGUAUGAUUUAAGUAAAAUGUGUUGAAGACUUAGCGGGAAUGUUCAUCAAGCCCCUCGAUGUAAUAAUAAAUAUUUACAUGGUGUUAUAAAUGCAGCAAGAUAUCUCAUAUCUAUAGAUUGGAGUGCUAAAUUUUAAAAUAAAAGACUAUUGUUACCAUUUA